CCAUACUCAAAUAACAUGUCAAACAAAACAAACAAAAACACCAAAAAUUCCUCUCCUACUGCCCUAGACCAAGUAGCAAAAUUCUUAGACAUUUCCUUACCAACACCAGAAAAUACCAAAAUGUCAAACCCUGAUAACAUAUCCAGUAACCAUUCUGACACACUUUCCGAAUUCAAACAAGGUAAUACUGAUCACAAACAUGCACACCCGUACAAACGCAUACAAAAACCU